AUGGCUUCCACUUCCAAAGAUGUUCCCGCGGUCGUCAUUCAGGACAAUCCUCCAGAUGAUUUGGAACCUGGUGCAUGUCACGACAGCAUCCUAAAUCCUACAGAUUCUUUCGAAGAGUUCGCUUCGGAGAUGAGCUCGAGUCUCCAAGAGAGGAACAUAUCAUUGGCCACAAAAAGUAGUACUAUUAGUGAGAUACAAAGUGAAAUUGGUGAAAAUUCUGCGCAAAUGAAGCCCACAAAGUCCAGUGAUGAUUUACAGACUAAAGAUGAGUCAAUAUCGGCUUCAACUAGCAACUCAAACUUGACGGAACAGAAUGGUGAUGAUACAGACACAGAGAAGGAUGAUUAUCUUCAAUCUCCUGAGUUGGUGAACAAAGAGAAACAUGUGUUCAUACUAAGCUCUGCUGGUAAACCUAUUUAUUCUAGAUAUGGUAAUGAAGAUAAGUUAGCAGGCCUAUGCGGUGUGAUACAAGCUCUAGUAAGUGUGGUUGAGGAACAAAACCAGGAUAUCUUGAGAUCUAUAAGUACAAAUGAUUGUAAGGCAGUCUUCCUGGUGAAGGGGCCUUUGAUACUGGUUGCAGUUUCCAAGUCGAAUGAGAGUGAAACGCAACUUGUUUUACAGUUAACGUAUGCAUUUAACCAAAUAGUAUCAGUACUUACUCUGACGCAGCUGAACAGGAUAUUUGAACAAAGACGGAACUAUGAUCUGCGGCGACUGCUCUCGGGGGCCGAGCGACUUAUUGACCACUUACUUAUAUUUAUGGAAAAAGAUCCCGCGUUUUUAUUGGGCGCAGUCCGCUGCCUCCCAUUACCAGAGAAAGCAAGAGAGAACAUAACGAGUGCGAUUCAAACAACAUGCAACAAAAUAAGAGACCUAGUGUUCGCAAUAAUGCUCGCUGGGAACCAACUGAUUACUCUAGUGAGAAUGAAGAAGUACACGCUACAUCCAUCGGAUAUACAUCUACUGUUUAACUUGGUUCGAAGCUCUGAGUCUUUCAAAACGGCUGAAAGUUGGACGCCGAUUUGUUUACCAAAGUUUGAUUCGACAGGCUUCCUCCACGGCCACGUAUCCUACAUAUCAGAAGACUGCCAAGCCUGCCUCCUACUCCUAACAGUACAACGCGACGCCUUCUUCCCACUAUCACAAGCGAAACACACGAUCGCAGACAAACUGAGACGAUCAAACUGCCUAGUCGCAAUCAAUGACGCACUAAACAGAAAUGAAGAACUACCAACAACAAACCCUUUAAAACAUAUAGGCAUACAAGAAAUUAGACACUUUAUGUACAAAUGUAAAUCCACAGCUCAAUUAUUCUCCUCUGAUCCUAUCAGCUUAGAUAAACUCCAGGAUUAUAGGCUGAGACAUAAAGAAGGAGGUGAUAUUAUGGAGAAGAAAGUCGAACGGUUAUCCGAUAUUGACUACGUGAGGAAUUAUAGGAAGUUCUGCAGCUCCAUACAUUGUACUUCUACGCCUGCCAAGUUGAUAUUUCGGUCGAAUUCCUGUGAUACUAUUUUGGCUUGGGUUACAAAUGGUUUCGAACUCUACGUAACGUUCGAUCCCCUAAUGGAAAAAGACCAAGCCAUAAAAGCAGUAGACCGUCUUCUUAAAUGGAUCAAGAAAGAAGAACAAAGGAUCUUCAUAAUGCACGCACCAACCUUCUAG